CCACACCACAGAACACAAGUGUUGAACAUAUUGAUUAAAAAAAAUAAUAAGAGAGGACAGAACAUACGAAUCCCUUGAGCUCACAAAAACGCUGAAUACGCUUACAAGACAAUAAGAUUUUCGAGCAAUAAUGGCCGAAAAUACAUCUCAUUGCCCUGGAGAUAUUGCAAACGUUUCCCAAUCAACAGCAAGUACGGCUGCUAUCGAUCAGAGGGCUGACUCGGCUGCCGAUGCUGUAAAAAAGUGUCUUCUCAGCGUCAAGGUUUCAAGGUAUGACGCUUCCGAGGUUGAGCGCCAGAUGCAGGGUGAAUUGUUCGACAAGUGGCAAGAGAACUGCGAGGUCGUCAAGAACACGAUGAUUCGAUUCUCAAAUAUAAACGAAUAUCUAGACCAUCUCCAGGAAGCAUAUGAAGGGAUAGAUGAACAAACCAGGAAAAAGAUGAAUGGUGUGUUGUUUUCCGAAGGAACAUGGGAAUACAAGAUGAUGGAAUGGAAAUUUAACAAGGGCGAGACCUCCAAUGCCAGGUACGGAAUGAUCGCUUUCGGACGCUCGCCCGACGGGCAAUUUGUGGACUGCAUGUAUGUCAUGUACAGGAUGGAUUUCAAGAUCGCUCCAAAGAAGAUUGUCAAUAAUGAAGAACACUCUUUGUUGUGGGGUCUAAUAACCUGGACGACCUCAUCCGAGAAAAACGAGGAGCGAUCUCUGGGUUUAAGGACCAUAGAGCAACUGAAGAAUUUCUUUCGAUGUAAGGCUAUGGAAGGCUUCCGCGAUAAUGGUGUCAUCGAGACAAUCAACUAUGUCAAGUCCAUUGAAGAUGCCGCAAACGACGAUAUUAUCAAAUCGUAAAUUAUGCAAACCUCUAAGACCAGAGAACAAUCCAUGUACAAAAAUUGGAUCGAUUGUAUCGAACGGAUUUUAUUUUUGCAUUUUUGUUGAAGUCAUCUAUAAUUUAUUUAGUAGUUAUUUUGUUAUGGAUUCAAAAUACUCGAUUACCAGUGAACUUGAAUAGUUCUGAUAUUUAAAUUUAUAUGUAAUCACUCACAAAACGGACUUGUUGAACAUCUUGAUAAAAGUUUAAGGAAAUCACUUACAAUACUGGCUUUUAUAGUAUGUGCAUUUAUAAAGUGUUCCAUUAAAGUGACUGAUUUUCUGGAAUUAAUUGAGGUAUUCAUGAAAGACAAAGGUUCACACAAUGUCGUAUAUGGGUCGUUUUGGAGCAAACCUGUUUAACUUAUAUUUAAAUUCAACUUAUUAACGAUGGUUAUAUUGCGUGCUAUAAUAUAUAUAAUAGAUAGAUACUGUAAAUCUGAUAAGAAUUUCAUUUACAUAUCUUUAUUUGAAAGAUUUAAUAAUCGACACUAAAGAGCUCAAUCGUAAUAAAAGGUGCACAAGGUAUAAGAAAAUAAUUAAGCACAUUGGACUCACCGGUUUAAAAUACUCAGAGCAUUUUACAUGGAUAACAUAUCGACAGUUAUUCGACUGUUACUGUUUUGUAAGUUCAAUUUGUAUUGUCAAAGAUUUUAAGAGUAAGAAUAGAAACUAAUUAAAUAAUACAACUGUCGUUCCGAGUUUGCAGCCCAUUAUAUGUGCAUCGAUGUAAAGAUAUAACACGUAUGAUACAAAGUAUGUCCAUGUUUUAUGUUUGAACGAUUAAUCCUCGUAUAUACUAUUUUGUUGUUUGUUUAAAUGUUUAAGUGAAAUAUAAAAAAAACAGUGGUCAUACUGAUUUACAUGCCACAUAGUUAAAUGUAUUAAUGUAGACAUUUUUUAUGUUAUGUCAUUUUAACGACCGGCACCGGAUCGGUACCAGUGCAAGACUUGUACUCGUAUUGGCGAUGCGAUCAGGAGGUACAAUAGUACCUUUUACAGGAGGUACAAUAGUACCUUUUACGUCUUCUUUUUGUGUGAAAUAAAGAGUU